AUGCUUUCUGCCAGUCGAUUAUUAAUCAAUCGUGCCCUGCAAGCACGACCUCAGGCGUUAGCCGCGGCUGGCUAUCGUCUGAUCCACUAUGAUUGCUUUGCCGAUCGACAUAUCGGUCCAUCGGAGCUGGAAAAACGUCAAAUGCUCGAUUAUCUCGGUUUUAAGGCUAGUUUUGACGGUUUCAUUCCGGGGAAACUGAAAUGCUCAUUGUAUUCGUGUUGA